AAUUUUGAAAUUACAUGAGGGUAUGAAUUAACUGCAGCGCCUCAGGUCACUUCAUGAAGCGCGGUAAUAUCAUGUAUUUUUAAAAAUAUAUUUAUUUUUUUAAAAUUCAAUCUACUUUAAUUUCUGUCUGAAUUCCCAGUUAUUAAUGAUUGAUUGAAUAUUGUUUAACGUCCCUCUCGGGACCUCGGUUUUUGUGAUCUCAUCUGAAAGACUCCCACCCCCCUUCCCAUUUAGUCUCCUCUUGUAACGACAAGCAAGGGUACGGAGGACCUAUUCUAAUCCGAAUCCCCACGGGGCCCCAGACAUUGAGAUAGACGUACUAUUUUUAUGAAGAUUCAUACAUGCAUUAUUCACAAUUGCCUGGUACUCCUGGGUAAAUGGCUAUCAUUGUAAUUAUAUAUAGUAAUACACUGUGAUAUCAAAAGCGAACAAACAAAAAAACAUUGCAAUAUAUUUACAUUUUUAAUGAUGUUUGCUUUCAAUAUAUGUACCAAUUGAAAUGAUAAUCAUUUCCUAAUUAAUAUGACCAAUAUGCGUACGAUAGACACAACACGACUAUUUCAAUGGUCAGGAGGAUGGGCAAAGAUGAAAAUAAAUAAAUAUAAGAAAUGUAAAUUUCAUUUUUGAAAAUACACCAAUAUCUCUUGGUCAAUAAACAAUACAAUACGCCAGCAUACUCCUUGUAGUAAGAGAGGAGUGGGUAUACACAUUUUUAAAAAGUGAAAAAUUUCUGUGCUUUAUAUUAAUUAUCUCUUCACUUACAGGGCAGUUAUGUUUAUUUAAGAGUUAAUUGCUAUUUCCGUGUUGUAUAUGAAUUAUUUCAAAUGCAAUGUGUAUCUUGUACAUGAUCUUCUUAAAUGUAAAACUGAUACGGUAUAAAUUUUGAUGCACCAGAUGCGCAUUUCGACAAAUAAUGUCUCUUAAGUGAUGCUCAACCGAAAUGUUUGAAAUCCGAAAUAACAAUGAAGUGUUAGAGCUACGUUAAAUAUGUGCGUUAAAUAACUGUAUCUCAUUUCCAUCCUCAAUGACGUGUAGCGAGUGACAUCAAUCAACGCACGCUGUCACAGGCUACACGGUCAUUGAGAACAUUAAUAUAUACCAAUAGAUAUACCGAUACACUGAUAGCUAUACAAUACACACACCGGUAUAUACAAUGUUCAUGAUUUCUCGUCGGGUACACUGGGUGACGAACAAUUAAGUAAAUGUUAUGGGGAAAAAAUAGUUAAAUAUUGAGAAAAUGUAAUUCACUAUCUUUAUACCCCACGUACAUGUCACUGAAUAAUUAAAAUACAAACACGAUCUAAACUCCGAAAACGAAAGUCGAUUAUCUUGUUUGUUUAUGUUUCUUGGGCUUGGCACAAAAAUGCUGACAGUCCUUGACAAACAAUAUUGUGGCGCCGGACGGUAUUCGUACACCUGCCUUACUCUGAAGUCACGGAGAGAGAGAGAGAGAGAGAGAGAGAGAGAGAGAGAGAGAGAUUUUGUGAUAACCUGUCUCAGAUUUCUUUCAAUGCAGAUUUACGUAUCGAUAACAUCCCAAAAACAACGUACAAUGCGAUCUUCGAGCCACCAUUUAAAACUUCUGAUCAUAAUUUUUUUUUUUUAGAAAAUAUAAUUUUCUAAUUUUACCAAUGUUUAAUUGAAAUUUAUAUCAAUCAUUAAUUUAUGAUAUGAAAAAAAAAAUGAAGCUUGUUGAAAAAACAACUGUAAGAUGUAAUAAUGAACGCAAGUAAAAGGAAUAUAUUUAUAAAGCGCAGUCGUUGAAAACCUUAGCAAGCGUACGAUCACACUAGCUCUAGACUCACACUGUUCAGAAACCGAAACCAAAACAAGCCGCGCCUAUGAAAAUCCAAAAUAUUUGUCACCAUAUAAAACGCAAGGUUUGAAAUUUGUUUGCUUAUAUCUAUAAAAAGAAUAUUUUUUCCCGGAAAAAUAUUCUUUCGUAGAAGAAAUUGCACACUGGAUAUAAAAGUGGCGGGCUUUUUCCCUGGCUGUUAAACAACUGUUCACAUUGACAGACGAAUGGAGAGCUACGAUCUCAAAGCGCUACAAUCUGAACUUAGAACAGUCCUGGGGAACGGACUGAGGGAAGAGGCCGUGGAGUUGGUCAAGGAACUGCUCUCAAAGUAUAAAAGUCGCCCCGAGGACUGGAAGGAUAAGGUGAAAUGGAGCGAUGUCAAGUAUACAAGGACGCUGCUGGAUAAAGGCAAUGGUUUCUAUAACCUGAUGAUCUUGUGUUGGAAUACGGGUCAGGAAAGCCCCAUACACGAUCACCCUAACUCCCACUGCUUUAUGAAGACCUUACAGGGAGAGGUACACGAGGAACUGUACAAGAAACCGGAAGUGACGUCAUGUCAGGAUUGUUGUGGAUGUAGAAUGGAGAAAAUAGAUGAUCGAAUAUAUAAACUUAACGACGUGGCGCAUAUCACAGACGAAGACGGUUUUCAUCGAGUCGGAAACAAGAGCCACGUGGACGGAGCAGUCACCUUACAUUUAUAUUCCCCGCCAUUCUCCACGUGCCGGAAGUUUGAUGACGAUACAAGCAAGCCGACAGAGGUUCCAAUGGGAUAUGAUCAAGAUUUCAGUGAGGAGUGUUGUGCCCGCUCAUGUCGCUAACUGUGUGACGUGUCAGAAUAUCUGAGUUGUACACGUUGCAAGGAUAUUGAUUCACAAUAUCAGGGCAGUACACAUAUUAGAUAUAUGCAAAAUUGUAUGGCAUAUGAAGCAAUAAGUUAUUUUUGCAGUACGUUUUUCUUUAUUCAUUACAUUUACUAAAAAAACACCCUGAAUUUGAGAGGAUUAUUUACAUACAUGUGAUAUUUACAUAUAAUUCCCAUGUAUAUUUUUGAUCUCUAGUCACACACAUACUUCAUUGAUUGCAUAUAUCUCUAGAUGAUUUUUAACAAAAUCUUUUAGAUUGUUCGAUACUCGUGCGAUGACAUAGCUUUUCGCCAAAAUCGUUCUUUAUUAAAUCAAAUUUUGUGCAUGAUACGAAUAUAUUUUGAAGAGGAAAUUUAUUCACUGGAUACAAUACAUAGUCUGGUAAACUAUUGAUAAUGAUUUUUUUUUUAUAUUUUCCAUAGAUAAUCCAUUAUUUAUAAUAAUAAAAAAUGUCAAGGGAAAUAAUUAAGCUGGUAUUGCCUCUGCUGUAUGUCUAUCAUACAAUGAUUUCCCUAAUAUUCACAAAUGAUUAAUACAUAUUUAUAAAUUAGCAGUUUUUCUAAACUGUUGACAUUAAAACUUUGUCAUUUUAACAAUUAUAUUGUAUCUAUUUUUUUUUUUAUUGUUUUGCGAAAAUGUGUGAUUUUCUUAUGUUGACCCAUACUUCUGUUUUGAAAUGUCUGACAUCUUUAAAAGAUGGGAACAGACACAUUUUUUUAUGGUUAUUAAUUGCAUUAAACUAUAUUGAGGGGGAAAUUAAUAGUUUUCCUACUUUCAACCAGUAAUAUUGAUAGUCACAUGAGGAUGGAGUACCUUAAAGAGUCUAUAAUAUCUUUUCCUGAGUUGUUUUGUUGUGAACAUUUUACUACAUAUAUUUUCUCUGUGCUUUCACAUAUACCAUGACAUUUGUUGAAGCAUUUGUGAUACUACAUAUUUCAUGAUUUGUAAAAGAUUUGUUAGAAACAAGAAAUAAAGCAGUUGAAUGUAA